AUGUCGCAACAAAAGAAAUCCCUAAAAAAAGGUGAAGCUUCUCAUCCUCAAGAAAAAGUCUCAACAUCAAAUCCCCCUCCAAAUCUCCCGAGAAAUAAAUCAACCCCACCUUCAUCACCUAUGACUCUUACCAAUAAUUCAAAUAUUACUGAAGCGGGUCAAUAUAACUAUGGUCGUCGUCGUUCCUCCCAUCUUGUUCGCCCGGAAAGGCAUCGGCCACGUCGUACCAUGAUCAAUGAUAACAGAAGAGAACGAAUGGCUCCGGUUAGAGAAGAAAAAAUUAAAAAAAUUGAAAAUAUCUCUCUUUCAAAGAAAAUAUACAAAUUUUUUAAAUAUGGUGAAAUAGAUGGUUCUCCUUUUAGCUAUUGGGCUUUAUUUGCCAGAAUUAUAACUUUUUGGGCUCCAUCAUAUUUAUUGAGCAAAUUGGGUGGGAUGAAACAACCGAUGGUCACUCUUUGCUUAAUAAUUGCUUUUGUCUCUGGUAUUCUUGGAUUUCUUUCCGUUGGUUUUCGUAAUUUAACCUGUCCUAGUGAAGAAGAGAAAAAUAGAAUUCCUUUCUCACAACAAGUUCCGCCAAAUAAUGAAUUAAAAAGGACUUUAAUAGAUAAUCCUAUAAUUUAUGGCAAAAUUUACGAUUUUAACAAAUUGCAUGAUUUUUUCUUUAAUACUUUACAAAUGAAUCUUACAAAUGACUAUAAAUACGCUGACCUCAGUGCAAUUUUCGAUAAUACUAAUGGAAAAUGUGAUGAAUUCAAUAAACGACAUAAUGUAACACGUAAUUGUAAGGUCAAAAACCCUUUUGGUGAAGACUCACUUUAUACAUCGACAGGAACAUGUAUUCCCGUAAAAAAUUUGAAAAUGAAACCUAUCGCUACUUUGGCUUUUGAAUGGGACGAUCUAAAGCCAAAUAAUCUCAAUAAUUGGAAUCCAAAAUUAUUUGUAUAUAGUGGUACAGUUAUGAACUUGUCUUCAUAUUUCAAUGACACAAUAGAUGACAAUAACAGGCUUAAUCAAAAUUCUCCUGAAUAUUUUGUAAAUAGACAAUUUUUUGAGGUCUUAUAUACCAAUUAUACUAAUGAUAAACCUCGUAGUAAGGACAUUUCCAGGCUUGUUACGUAUAGCACCGAAAUGACAAAUGUUAUCCAAUGUAUCUCAUCACGGUAUCAAGCUGGUGUUAUCUCCACUCAAACUGCUGGAUGUUAUAUAAAUACUAUUAUAAUGUUAAUUUCUGUUGGCACCGUCGUGGCUCUCACGCUUGUACGAUUUAUCAUGUCACUUCUAUUUGGGUUGAUCCUUUCCAGGAAGCUAACUAAUGUAUCUAAGCCUGGAAAAACGGCCAAUAAACUCCUUUACACUGUAAUGCUUGUGACUGUUUAUUCUGAAGACAAACAGGGUUUACGAACAACGUUAGAUAGUUUAGUAACAACUGAUUAUAGCGAUAAACAUAAGUUAUUCUUCAUCGUUGUUGACGGGAUGAUCAAAGGUAAAGGGAAUAAGCAUUACACUUCAGAUAUUUGCAUAGGCCUUCUUGAUUUAGAUCCGGAAAUUAGCAAUGUUGAUCCUUGUUCUUAUAUUGCGAUUGCUGAUGGUGAAAAGCGAUUUAAUCGAGCAAAAGUGUAUGCUGGUCAUUAUUCGCGUAAAGGUCAUCGAGCUCCUGUGAUUCUUGUUGUUAAAAUCGGUAGUGAAAAAGAAGCUAAAAGUCCAAAACCUGGCAACCGUGGAAAGCGAGAUUCUCAGAUGAUUGUUAUGAACUUUUUUGAGCGUGUAUAUUUCGAUGAAAGAUUUACCGAAUUGGAUUAUGAAUUAUUCUGGAAGAUAUAUUAUUUGAUGGGUAUCACAGCUGAUAGUUUUGAGCUUUUAUUAAUGGUCGACGCUGAUACAAAAGUUGCACCCUCAUCAUUGACUUAUCUCGUUUCUGCGAUGAAAAAAGAUCCAUCCAUUAUGGGUUGUUGUGGAGAAACACGUAUCGCCAACAAAACUGAAUCUUGGGUAACAGGCAUACAAGUUUAUGAAUAUUAUAUUUCUCAUCAUCUUGGUAAAUCUUUCGAAUCAGUUUUUGGUGGUGUAACUUGCCUGCCAGGUUGUUUCUGCAUGUACCGACUUAAAGCACCAAAGGAUGGCGCUUGGGUUCCUAUUUUAUCCAAUCCUGAUAUUGUCUCCGAAUAUCAAAAAGACGUUGUAACAACAUUGCAUGAAAAAAAUCUUUUACUUUUAGGAGAGGAUAGAUAUCUAUCAACUCUUAUGCUUCGUAAUUUUCCACAUCGUAAAAUGUUAUUUAUUCCGCAAGCUAUUUGUCACACUACCGUACCCAACACUUUUUCUGUGCUGCUUUCUCAACGUCGUCGAUGGAUUAACUCCACCGUUCAUAAUCUUUUAGAACUUGUACUUGUCAGUGACCUUUGUGGAAUUGCAUGCCUCUCGAUGCAAUUUGUAAUUUUUUUGGAUAUUAUAGGAACAGUAGUUUUGCCAUCUGCUUUAGUCUUUACAUUUUACUUGAUAUUUACCUCAGUUUUUAAUGAUUAUAUACAAAUCCUUCCGCUUCUCCUUUUGAUUUUGAUUUUGGGUUUACCUGGAGUGUUAGUUAUCAUAACAACCCGUAAAAUAAUUUAUGUUUUAUGGAUGUUUGUUUAUCUAUUGGCGCUUCCUAUUUGGAAUUUUAUUCUUCCUUUAUAUGCAUAUUGGCAUUUUGAUGAUUUCUCCUGGGGAGAAACGCGUAAAGUAUUAGGUGAUACCAGAAAAGACGAACAUGGUGACAUCAAAGGAAAAUUUGAUUCGAGUAAAUUAAAAAUAAAGGCGUUUGAAGAAUGGGAAUAUGAACAUCAAUGUAUGGUUAAAUCAUUAAAAAAGCACCAAAGAAAAUUGGAUAAAAAAAUCAAUAAAAAAAAUGGCAAAGGAACCUAUUCCAAAUCAUCCAAACAUACAGAAUCGACAAAACCUUUAUCACACGACCAACCGCCUUUAACACACCUCAUCUUAUGA